ACAACAAUUAUAAGUCCAGCACAGUUGACAGUUCAAAAAAGUGAAAACAAGAAACACCCAAAAUUGUCAGUGAAAACAGAGGAACAAAGGGAUAAAAGUUCGUCCUGUGUGCAUGCCAUAAAAGUUCCCUGUGUGAGUGUGUGCCAGUGCGUCUGUAUGUGUGUGUUUGUGUGCGCAAAAAGAAUAGAGAAAGCAAAGCAUCCUGUAGGAGUGGCACACAAAGUGUUUGCAUAACUUAACUCGCGAUAGCCACCCGCCAACCGCUGAGCAGUCGAGCCGCCGCCCACAGCCAAUAACUUGAUUAAAUGUCCUGAAAUCAAGGCGGAGUCGAGUGCUGAAGCAAUGGAUAUGCCCGAAGGAUUUCCAGUUUGUGGUGAUUUUGCAGUGCGGUGUAUCGGAAUUGAGGCGUGGCCGCGCUAAUCCAUCGUGCCAUGGAUAGCGUCCAGACUUCCCAAUGUGUGCUGGUGUCUGUGGUCAUCGGCGUCCUUCUGAUUAUGCUGGGCGGCUUCUUCUAUGUCCUGUAUAUAUUCGCCCUGGCCCCAUUGAGCGAUAAUAUAAACGAGGCCCUGAAAGCAGAGCUCAAUGUGACCACCGACUGAGCUGGAUAAAAAUAUAGCUUUGGUGUGGUCCCUCCCUGUUUAAUGGAAUAUAUACGCAUACAGAGUUUCUUG